AUGCUGAAACAAUUUAAACAUAUUUUAAACACAUCACAUGUACAUUCAUUCGAUUUUUCUUUUGGCACACGUUUUUUAAAAUCAUGUUUUUCGUCUCUUAGAACAUAUGAAAAUAAUACAUAUGAACCUUUGAAUACUCUAAAAUUUCCAGGGCUUGUUAUAUAUGUUAAUAAAGAUAAUAUUGAAAAAUAUGAAGAGAACAUUUUGAAGUAUUUAAAAACAAAUGUUAUUGGAUUCGACACUGAAUUUAUUAUUGAUAUAAAUGAAAAAGAGAAUAAUAAUGAAAAUCGAUUAAUAAGUUCUUAUAUUGAAAAUGGAAAGGAUAAUAAUUAUAUAAAUUCCCAAUUAAUAAAUAUAUUUAACAAAAAAAAAAAAAAAAAAAAAAAUUAUGCAUAUAACUUAUCUAAUAAUGAAGAAAAUAAAAAAAUUUUAUGUUUAAUUCAAUUAUGUUCUUCAGAUUUAUGUUUUGUAUUUAAUAUCCACAAAUUAAAUGGACAUAUACCUAUAAGUGUAAAAAAUAUUUUAGAGAACGAAGAAAUUAUAAAAGUUGCUCAUGAUAUUAAAAAUGAAAAAGAUAUGUUUAUAUCAAAUAAUAUACAAAUAAAAAAUGUUUUCGAUUUAUAUAACUAUGCCAUUGAUAAUUUUAUAUAUCCUCCUUCAUUACAAUUUUUGGUUAAAAUAUAUCUUAAAAAAUUCUUAGAUAAAAAAUUUAGAUUAUCGAACUGGUUAAAUUAUGAUCUAUUACAAGAACAAAUACUUUAUGCUGCAAUAGAUGCAUAUGCAUCUAGACAAAUAUAUUUUUAUUUGGAUCAAAACAAAAAAAAUUCUAAAUCUUAUAUUCUCAAUUAUAUCAUACAAGAAGAACUAACAAAAUCAAGUCAUCAAGAAUGCAAUACAUAUAAUACAUGUAAAAAUAAUGACCUCAAUAAUCAAUAUAUCAUAAAAAGAGAAGAAAAAAUAAAAAAUAUGGAAUCUAUAAAUAAUACUAUACACAAUGAGAAAAAUAUAUAUAUAUCAAACCAACAUCAAAAUGAAUAUGAUUUAAAUAGGAAACAAUUACAAUCAUAUUCCAAACAUAUUAAUCUAAAUAAUAAAAAUUAUGGAUUUCUAGAAAAAUACAAAGUUCAAUUAAUAAACAAUUUAAAAAAUGAAAUUCAUAAUAAAUGUAAGAAUAUGACUAAUCUAUCAUUUAUUGAAGAAAUGACUUUCUCAAAUAAUACUUAUAAAAAUAUUUUGUCCUUAAAACAUAAUCAAAAUAAUUAUAAUUUGAUAAAAUGUUCUUCUAUCAAUUAUGAUGAGGAAAUAAAUGCAUGCAACCAAAUUUUAACAUACCUUAAUCAGAUGUUCUCCCCAUAA